AUGGCGGACUCUUCCGAAAUACAGUCCAAACCGGAUGCAGAACUACAACGAAGCAAACGCGACCAACAAGAUUCGUCCUUUUUAGAAACUCUCGUGCCGAUUCCCGACUUCUUCUUUAACAUCAAAGCGGAGAUCGAACCCAUCGGCGGGUCGAAAUGGCGCAUUCGUAUAUUUGGAUACAUCUUGUAUUUCAUCACUCUAUGCGUGAUGUUUGGAUCUUUCGCGUACUACUCGCUUCCCGCGCAGCGCGUGAGCUUGGAGUCUAUCGUCACCUCGGAAUGGCAAAAGCCCGGCUUUGUGUGCAAGCCCCUCCAGAAGACCACUUUGCACGGUCUGAGCACGGACUGGAGUUUCGAUGAGUGUCUUGCAAAUGUGAAACCCCCUGAUACGACGAACGUCAAGGCGGCGACCAAACACGCCAAUAAUGUCCACUACGACUAUGACUUUGCGAGCGACGGCGACUCGAACAAAGGCGUCAUAAGCUUUUACGACGAAAGGUAUGCAUCCUCUGUUUUGCAGAAAACCAACCAAGCAUCUGAGGACUGGAAACGUGAUGGAUAUUCGUGCUAUCCUGAACCGCCGUACGACAAUACUUAUAAUUUGAAUUAUAACUACACUGAAUGUUUCGAUGCCGUAAAGGUUCCAGGAGAAGAUUCAGUAACCUCUACUACGAGUUCCUCCGAUUCUUUCGCUUACUAUCCUUUCGGAACCGAUAAUCUGGAAUAUGCUUACGGUAACGCUAACGUUUACCGGAGAUUGGAAAAUAUUCAUUGUUGCACGAGGUGGUGUGGUCCCCUCCUUCCAGGAGGAGCCAGAGUCGCGAACGGAGAUCCAGGAGUGCGUGUCAAGGCAAGUUAUUGUGCAUCAUCAUCAUCACUUGACCUAGAAUCUGCCAUUUCGGCUUGGAAGGAGAUUCUUGAAACGCCGGCCGACCAGUAUGGCAGCUUCGGCAACCAGUUGAUUUGCUCAGUGUUCAAACUCAACGGCAACGGUUUCCGCUGCUUCGACAAGCCCAAACCCCCGACCACCAAGGAGCUCGCGAUUCAACGCUACGCCUCGGAAUACCCGCCCGCGACCAUCUGCGCGCCGCUCAAGCUCAACAGCCCUUUUCAGUGCGCCCGCAACGUGGAGGUGCCCGCGACGACGCGACUGAGCCUUUCGGUGGCCGCGGCGCAGGCUGUGUUUGCGCUCACAGGCAUCGCGCUGGUGGCGCUGCUGAGGAAAUUCCAGAAGCCGUCAACAACGACCUCGGAGAGCUUGUCGACUGAUGGCGAUCUGCGUUCCAUGAUGCGAAAGCUUCGAAAUGAGUUUCACUCGACGUGUGAUCAGCUUCGCACCGGCCAGGACCAGCUACGCACCGGCCAGGACCAGCUACGCACCGGCCAGGACCAGCUACGCACCGGCCAGGACCAGCUACGCACCGGCCAGGACCAGCUACGCACCGGCCAGGACCAGCUACGCACCGGCCAGGACCAGCUACGCACCGGUCAAGGCAGGCACGAGGAGCUCAUUCAAAAGCUCCUGAGCAAAGAAGGUGGUCGUUAG